CUGAUCCUUACCAAGUAUUAUCAUACUGACAUGGGGAAAGUGCUGGAGAGCUCUUUAUGGAGGUCCUCAGAUUUUGGGACGUUAUACACAAAGUUGAAUCUACAGCCUGGGAUUGCCACUGUUAUUGACAAUUUCUACAUUUGUCCCACCAACAAAAAAAAGAUAAUUCUUGUAAGCUCUUCCCAUAAUGACCGUGACCAAAGCCUUUUCAUAAGCAUGGAUGAAGGAGCCACUUUCCAGAAACAACCCAUUACAUUCUGUGUGGAAACUCUCCUCUUUCACCCAAAAGAAGAAGAUAAAGUACUUGCUUACACCAAGGAAGGAAAGGUUUAUGUAUCCAUUGACUUGGGUAAAAAAUGGAUCCUUCUGCAGGAAAGAGUUUCAAAAGAUCAUAUUUUUUGGGCCGUUGCUGGAGUUGACGGAGACUCUGAUUUAGUUCAUAUGGAAAUCCAGGACCCCAGUGGAGGUUAUCGCUACAUCACUUGCCAGAUUCAAAAUUGCUCUGAUAAGACAAUGACAGUCCAGUUUGCUGGUGGCACUGAUCGGGAUUCCCUGACUGUGCAGGAUGACUACAUAUUUCUUCAGACAACAUCAGCAAAUCGGACCAAAUAUUAUGUGUCUUACCGUCGAAAUGGCUUUGUACAGAUGAAGUUGCCAAAAUAUGCACUGCCAAAAGAUUUACAGAUAAUCAGUACAGAUGAAAACCAGGUGUUUGUGGCUGUUCAGGAAUGGUACCAGACAGACACGUACAAUCUCUACCAGUCUGACCCACAAGGUGUUUACUACUCUAUCCUGCUGGAGAAUGUCCGGAGCACAAAGCAGCCAGAAGAGAAUGUCCUGAUAGAUAUUCUGGAGGUCAGAGGUGUAAAAGGAGUCUUUUUGGCCAACCAGAAAAUUGAUGGGAAAGUUACAACUCUGAUAACCUACAACAAAGGCCGUGACUGGGAUUUUCUGAACCCUCCAGACAUUGAUAUGAAUGGAAAACCAACAAACUGCAAACCUCCUGAUUGCUACCUUCACCUCCAUCUCCGCUGGGCAGACAAUCCCUAUGUGUCAGGAACAGUCCAUACGAAGGACACUGCACCAGGACUCAUAAUGGGGGCAGGUAACCUGGGGUCUCAGCUGGUUGAGUAUAAAGAAGAGAUGUACAUAACAUCUGACUGUGGGAACACAUGGCGUCAGGUCUUUGAAGAAGAGCACCAUAUCUUGUACCUGGACCAUGGUGGAGUUAUUGUGGCCAUCAAAGACACAUCUAUCCCUCUGAAAAUACUCAAGUUCAGCAUAGAUGAAGGCCAGACUUGGAGUACACAUAAUUUUACCAGCACUUCAGUCUUUGUAGAUGGAUUACUUAGUGAACCUGGAGAUGAGACACUGGUCAUGACAGUCUUUGGACAUAUUAGUUACCGUUCGGACUGGGAACUGGUGAAGGUGGACUUCAGACCAUCCUUCCCCAGGGAGUGCACGGAUGAUGACUAUGAGUCUUGGGAGCUCACAAAUCUACAGGGUGAUCGUUGCAUCAUGGGCCAGCAGAGGAGCUUUCGAAAGAGGAAGGUUUCAUCAUGGUGCAUUAAAGGGAGAAGCUUCACGUCAGCUCUCACAUCCAAAGUUUGUGAAUGUGUGAACUCUGAUUUCUUAUGUGAUUAUGGGUUUGAGCGCUCUGUACCUCUGAAGUCGGAGUCUAGCAAAUGCUUUGCUGACUUUUGGUUUAACCCAGAAGCACCUCCUGAGGACUGCGUGCUGGGGCAGGCAUACACCAGCAGCACUGGAUACAGGAAAGUUGUUUCUAAUGUGUGUGAAGGUGGCGUAGACCUGCAGCAGAAUUUAGCACAGCAUAUGUGUCCAUUGAUUGCUCCCAAGGGACUUCAGAUCAGCAUCAAAGAAGAAAGCCUGGCUGUUAAGCCUGGGGAAGACAUCACCUUCGUUGUCAGACAAGAGCAGGGUGAUACAUUGAAUACCAAAUACCAGGUAGAUCUUGGAGAUGGCUUUAAGGCAAUAUAUGUGAACCUUACGAUGACUGGAGAACCCAUCCGUCACCGCUAUGAGAAUCCAGGGAUUUACCGUGUAUCGGUGAAGGCUGAGAAUGUGGCUGGGCAUGAUGAGGCUGUGGUGUUCAUCCAAGUCAACUCUCCAUUGCAGGCUUUAAAUUUAGAAGUGGUUCCAGUUGUUGGGAGAAACCAGGAGGUCAACCUGACGGCCAUCAUACUGCCUAAGAACCCUAAUUUGACUGUAUUCUACUGGUGGAUAGGAAACAAUCUUCAGCCACUCCUUACAUUGGAGAGUUUCCUGGUGACAAACUUUGCUGAGACAGGUGACAUCAGAGUUACUGUCCAAGCUUCCUGUGGGAGCUCCAUGCUUCAGGACUCAAAAGUUGUCCACGUUUUUGAUCAUUUUCAUGUUCUUCCUCUGAAGUUUACUAAGCACCUGGACAUGUACAACCCCGACAUACCAGAGUGGAGAGAAGACAUAGGGCGGGUAGUAACACGACUUCUUGCAAAGGAAACCAAUAUACCCAAAGAAACACUCAUGACGGUCGUGAAACCUGGUCUACCCACAACUGCUGACUUGCAUGUGCUACUACCAGCAAACCAACCAAAAAGGAAGAGAAGUGUAACUAGUGAUAAGAGGAUAGCGGCUAUAAAGCAGGCCUUGAAUGCACACAACAUCAGUUUCUUUCUGAGGGGAGGAUACUGGGUCUUAGUGACUUUAGCUGACUCCGGUUCAGACUCUCAGAGGAUUGGAGGAGGCAGUGGCUACUGGGCUAUUGUGGUUCUCUUUGUUAUCUGUCUAGUCGCAGUUGGGGCUUUCAUCCUCUACAAGUUCAAAAGGAAACUGCCAGGCAGAAAUGUUUACGCCCAGAUGCACAAUGAAAAAGAGCAGGAGAUGACAAGCCCUGUUAAUCAUAGUGAGGACACCCAGAACAUCAUUCAGGGUGAGGAGUUUAUUGAUGAUGAUCUGGACUCUCAAACACUAGGUAACGCAAGAGUGACUCCUUCUGGGAGAAGUGGCAACUUGAACAGCUACAGAGUUCCCUUAUUGCUGAUGCCGGUCAGUGUCCAGUCCCAGGCAAUCACUCAGGCGUGGUUUUGAGCAUCAACUCCAGAGAGAUGCACAGUUACCUGGUUAGCUGAUAUUUACAGCUGAACACAAAAACCGAAAGACUCUUCUCUGUAUCGUUUUAUUUUUCCCUGGUGAUGUCACAAAAUUGCAAAUAUGGCUGUAAGUGCUAGUGGAGAGGAGGUUUCUUAUCACUCCCAUGGAAAAAAGCGUCCAUCAUCAGUUACCAAGGGAGAAGGAUAAUACGUCGUGUGUUCACUCUUUGGCCUGGGAACUCCUUACGAAUGAAACUCAAACUAUGGUAGCAAAUUUGUAGCCCUAGGCACCUUCAAUGCCACCUUAUUUCUUUUCUGUAUAUGCUCUAGUUCUUUAUGUUUAUUUUUAGAAGGAUUGACUGUAACUUUUUAAUUAUAUUUUUAAUUGAGGUAUUCAGCGGAAGGCUGGGACUCUUUAGCCCAAAAAGGUGAUUUUUACACAAGCAACUAGACCAGAACAGAUGGUUGGUUGAUCACAACGACUUCUUUUAGGAGGCCAAGUGUUUCUGUUCUGGGAGAGGACUGAGCGAGGAGACAAAUGCACUCCUAGUUGAGACAAGCUCUUCACUUAAACAUGUGUGAGACAAUCUAAUUAAUUUAGGCUUAGGCCCUUCUGUGGAUUAAAGGAAGUAAAGUGUUAAUUAAGGUAUCUCAUAAUAUAGGAUAAUGCACUUGUAAGUGUAGCAAGUCCUGACAAACCAUCAGUACCAGUAUCUCCCCCAAUCCCACCCUGUGUGAAAGAGAAACACCAGCUUGAUGCUAUUUCCAGACCAGGUGCCUUCAUUUGCGGACAGUUAUUUCAGUUGUUCUCUUGUCUCCUGAGCAAGCACCUCUAGGAUGAUAGAUGAGUUAUCCUGCAAAACUCCAUGCUGCUGGCCUCUUUUUAAAUUUCCAGAGUGUAUAAAUACCUCUUUUAAGUCUCUUUCUUUAUAUGGUUAUUUUUUAAAAACUUCCUAUUAGGGCAGAGGUGCCGGGCAGGUCAGAGCUCCCCUCCAGGCAGGACAGGGUUGUGUACUGCCACCCCUUCCCACCCGCAUCCCUCUUAGGGAUUUUUCCCUGGAUGUUUGUCUUGCAAGGCAGGUGUGGGUAAACUCUGACCUGAGGUUUUCCACUUGGGUAGGUUUGACAAUCUGGAGGGCCAUGGGGAGGAUGGGCUGUGAUUUAGGAGUUCGUAUUUCCUUUCCACCGCUACAGGGUGUCACUCAGUCCCUACCACUGCUGGGCCCUGUUUCUGCAGGGAGAGCAGUGAGGCUUCUGAAGGAGCUGGCUGCAGAAAGGCUUGUGAGUCAGGUCAGAAUCUUCUAAUCCCAAUUUUGCUAGUUGGGUCAGAGUUUCCUAGUCCUGACCUCUGCAUCCCUAGGGAAGCAGCAGUGCAGUGAAUCCACACCCCUCUGGUCUUUUCACUGUGGUUUAUGGAGUUGUGUAGGAAACGGACUGUGGUGUGAUGAUUUUAAUCAUCUGGCAUCCUAUGUGUCCCAGCUGCCUGGGACUAGGAUGUUUCUCUCAGAAACCUAUAUAAUCUCUUCACUUUUUGCCUUUGAUAGAGAAUAAAUAGCUCUUUGCUCACUGAAUGUCAUACUGAUGCUAGUGGCAAACUCACACACCACCUUGCUGAAUGAGGGUACAGAUAGCUAACUACAUCUUUCUGAAUAAAUAAACAAAAAAUAAUGAAUGCUGGUAAGACAGAAAAGCACUGUCUUAAAAUAACUGUAUGCAUUGGAUUCAGUUUUCCAUGUAUCUGUGGAUAUCCUGUUGUCAUCAAAUGCAACGACUGGGAUGUAAUAAUUCAGUGUAGUACUGUAGGCUCUUGAAACACCACAGGAUGUAUGUGUAAAGCACAAGAAAAUCUAGAUUAUAGAUUUACUGUAAGGAACUAGGUGAAAAGUUAAACUGAAGAUUCUGAAAAGUGCUUGUAAACUGCUCAGGAAAAUAAUUUCAAAAAUUGUUCUAAAAUUUCUGCCUAUUUAGUUGUAGAGUGCCAUGCAAACAGAUUAAUGGAGAAGCAGUGCUCUAGCUGACUGUUGUAUGCCUGACUGUGUAGAAAUCUAAAGUGUGACAUGUAUCUAAGUCUGGGUUUCUUGAAAGGAAGUGCAAAGACAAAAUGAGCUGUGCAUUGGAAAUUCUCGGGGUUGUUGCACCAGAGGCUUUUCCUCCUCAUCAGCUCUUUAGGCUUUUUCUAACGGAAAUGAGCUAGAGCAGAGAACAGAACAGUAUCACAAACAGCUUCUUCCUGUGAAAUAAAUCUGAAGUGGGGUAUUAGUAUAGGGCAGGUGAGUGGCAGAUUAGCCUCAUGGACAAGGGAUGGGAUGGAAGUUCUGGCUUGGGGUUGUUCUCCCACAGUUUGUCUGAUUGGCAAAGGACACUGUUGGAACUAGGUCACACAUCUAAUUUAUGCUUUAACAGCUACUUUCCUAUAUUUAAUACAGGGUGAUUUGUGUCUCUGAUAACAGGAGUCUUUUGGAACACUGUAAAAUAUUUAACCACUUGGUACUCUAAUUAACACUUAGCACAAUAUAGUGCCUGUAAUAAUAUUUUUCGAUGCUUAUUAAUUUGAUUCAUGCAGCACUCCUGCGAGGUUGGUUUGUCAUGUCUUAAAAACACUUUUUUCUAAAGAGAUGUCAGUAUUGCCGUAACUGUAUUAAUAAUACCCAGCAGAUAAUAAAGGAAGCCUUUGAUUCCCUGGCAAGAAUAACUUUAAAAUGAAUUAUAUUAAAACUGAGAAAAUAUCAUUAUCAUUUUCCCAUUCAUGGUGUCUUGGUUUAUCUUUAAAUGAAAAGUCUCACUAGUGCUAGGUUUUGAAUCUCUUGUGCUACGUCCAUGACAUCUUAGCAUUUUAUUCUUUGUAUGUAUGCAAAAUGCUGAUACAGGUGUAUACAGAAACACGGAAUUGUUUCUAUGCACAAAAGCUAGUCACACAUGCACUCACACACACAUGCAGUAUUUGUACAUACUCCAGUUAAAUUUGUUAGUGAGGAAGGGUGAUUUGAUGACUAAGAGACAGAAGAUGGCUGUCAGGUACCUGGAUUCUGUACCCAGACUUUGGGUAAGUUACUUAAACGUGCCUCAGUUUCCCCACCUGUAAAAUGGGGCUGAUAGUAAUUACCUACCUCACAGGGGUAUUGUGAGGCUAAAUUAAUUACUGUUUGUUCAGGAUCUUCAGAGUGAAAUAAUUUUGUGAGCAUAAAUUAUUAAUAGUUUCACUUUCACUGUUUUACUUGUAAUUAUUAGUGUUUUUAAAGGUAGUCUGCUGAAACCAGCUGCAAUUAUGUAUAAAUGUAAAAAAUGCAUAAUCCAAAAAUGUACAUCACUUUUUUUUUUUUUUUUUAAAAAAAGGUAAUUUUAUUUAAAAACUGUUAUUAGAACAUAUUGCUACGUGGUGAACAUUGCAACACUGGCUGUGAUCUUGCUGUUACACACUAGUAUCUUAAACUUACUUUUCUGCAGUGUUAUUUGGUCAAAAGCGUUAUAAUAAUGGGUACAGUGAUACUUAUCAACACUGACAUUGAACUUUACCGAAACCGACAAAACUGGUGGUGUAUUGGCCUCAUUUACAUCUUUUGACCUUCUUAAACUUUGAUUUAUUCUCAAUUUCAAAACCAACCUGUACUUUUAACAGCGCUCCAAGCAGUACUGAUUUGAAAUAUUCUAACAGAGCCAUCAAAAUUUACAACCAUCUUUGCUUUUCCUUUUGACAUUGGGUGUUUUAUAUAGCUUUGGAGUGGCCCAUCCAUACAAAGUGCUCAGAAAUGCUCUGAAGAUAUUUAGGGAAAAUUCACACAGAUUAUAAAUUAACUUCUCAAAAAUAAAAGCAAUAUAAACCAAUGUAUGUUUUUAUACCCUGUAGAAGAGAGUGGUGGAAAUGGCUGUGAAGAGUUAGAAGGUGCCAGCUGAUGAUGUUCUCUCCAAUUCACGUCCAAUUUCUCUGAACUCUUUUAGGAUAUUCUCAUUGAUUUGUAUCCCUCUUGAUCAGCUUUCUGCUUUCAAUGACCAGUGUAAGGAGUGAAGUGUUUAUUCAUAUGAAGUAGAUGACUUGUUAAUUUACUGUCCUCUGCACAGACAUAGACAAAGCAGCACUUUGCCAUUAGUAGUUCCUAGCGCAAAGCAGAUUUCAUCUGACAUAGUUAUGAUGGUUAGGUGUGUUUUAGGUCCAAUGAGACAUCCCUUUAGUUGGAGUACUCUACUACUGUAUGCUGUCUCUUUAAUAGAGGUCAGUAAAAUGGAACUGCAGUGGUUUCCAUCCUCCUUACACAAAUACAUGCUUAAAGAAAUGUGGGGUUUUAAAAUUAUUUUUAAGAAAUUAAAUACAUGCAUUUGUUUUUGCAGUAACUUUUUGAUGAUGAACCAGUGGUUCUGAUAAGCUUUGAAUUUCUAGUGUUAUUUCAAGUCAAAUAUAGUGUUGCUAAGUUAAUAGAAUCGGUGGCAAUUUCAGUUUUAGAUUUUUUCCUAUGUUUCCUAUAAAACAAUGUUUUGUAAUUUUUCAUUAAUGAGGCUUUGGGGGAAAAAGAAAGACUGACAUUUUUAUUUCAUUGUGCAAUCCCUGACAGUUGGAAUUGUUAUUGUAUAUUGAUUGAUACCACUGUAUUGUUUCCAUCUUCAUUUUUAUUUGAGUUUUAGAUGAAAGUAAGUGCACAUUUCUCUCAAAAUAUUGGCUUUCCACCAGAAAGAAAUUUAUAAGCAUCUACCUUUAUAAAUAUUGAUUUUUUUUUUUUAGACACAAAAUUUUGUUGUGUUUUCUAAGUCCAUCCAAAAAGCUGCUUCCUGGUUCAUUUUCUCUAUUCUAGUCCCAGUUGCUCAUUGCUUCUAU